UCGAAUUAUAGAAAAUCAGUAAACAAGACAUUAAUUUUAAUCUUGAGUGUCGAGCGCGAAGAUUAUAAUUGAAAUAAUAUCAAAUUUGAAUCGGUUUUGACAGUUGUAUUCGGGAUUUGUACCAUUCGUUGUUGUCGUUCUGUGUUUCCGUGAAUAUUUAUAUUAAUUAUUGCGGCGGCUGAUGACAGAUGAUCCUGAGAACGUGAAGUGACUGCCUAAUAUUUCGAAUGGAUUAGGGAUCCCAUUGAAAAUGACUGCGUCUUAAAAGGAAAAAAAGUAAAGGUGCCAAAAUAUAGUUGUGAGAACAAUUCAGUUAAAAAUGUACACAUUUGACGGACAUGUGACAGAAUUUAGUACAGAUCAGGAUUACAAUAGCCGGAGUCAUUGUUCGGAGAACUCUCGUCAGUUUUCUGUCACCAGUCUUUUGAGAUUGGGCCACAAAAGACGGACCUCCGGUUCCGACCAGGAUCUUGAUUCGACUGAAGAAACAUCAUGUGAAGAAAAGCUAAAGAAACCAAGAAGGAAUAGAACAACUUUUACAACAGCACAAUUAGCAGCUUUAGAAAAAGUUUUUGAAAAAACACAUUAUCCAGAUGCUUUCGUUCGAGAAGAUUUAGCAACAAGAGUUAGUCUUAGUGAAGCCAGAGUACAAGUAUGGUUCCAAAACCGGCGAGCAAAAUUUCGAAGAAACGAGAGAAGUCACAACUUCCAACAAACCUCUACGACCAAGCUACCUACCAAGGCGUCUCCGGUCUCUUUAAAACCAGACUUAUCCGAAAAAGCAUUAUUCCCAUACCAAAAUCAAGCGACUUCAAGUCAUUCUACAACACAUCCACAUCCAGAUCUUCAGUAUGUAAUGCCAUGGAAGUGCUCUUAUUCACAAUACAACCAACAUGAUCUCUACACGAAUAAUUUUAAUAAUCUUCCGAGCCAAACAUGUAGUUUUUUAUCAAAUUCUCAUUUUAAUUAUGGAAGUUUAUCGUCUAACCCUAUGUGCAAUACUUUAAAUAUGUCGUCUCUGAGGUACAGACCUCAAGACUUUAGUUUAUAAAUUUAAAAUACAGUAUAAAUGGUGCCACUAUACUAUGCGGUCUACCGUCACCGUCCUGCUAUAGCUUGCAAUCUACCGAACAACACCAUAAUCUUUUCUCAGAAGGUUUUGCAUACAAUAAUGAAAGGCAACAAACCGUUUGUAGGCAAAAUUUUUAUAGCCCGAUCAGGGAACGCAAAAUUUUACGAAAACCUCCAAAAAAAUAAAGAAAGGAUGAAAAUUUGGCAAUAGGUAGUUGAAAUUGUCUAUUAUUAUAUAAGAAAAAGUUUACAAUUCUACAUCCCCUCCAUUUUACAAAAAUUAGGAAAUACGGGGUGAAAAUUUUUUCUUGGGGUGAAAAAAUAUAAGUUCAAAAUAAGUCCGGAAUUGGAUAAAAUGACUAAUUCUAAGUAACUUUUGUUCUAUAGAUUUUAUUUACUAAGUCAAUACUUUUCGAGUUAUUUGCGAGUGAAUGUGUUCAUUUUUAACCAAAAAAAAAAUGUUUUUUGACGGUUUUUCGGAG